AUGGAAUCUGCUGGAGAUGAUGGCUCCCAUCAAUACCCAAAUUGCAGCAAACCAUUGUCAUCUUCCAUCAACUUCAAUGAAAGACUCAAUUGGCAAGCUGAUUGUCCAAGUGGGGAGCUAGUAAUUGUUUCAGGUAAGUUUGUAGAGGGAAAACUUCGUUGGGCUACUAAAACUCCUGGUUUUGAUAUGUGUAAGGGUGGGAGCAUCAUAUCCUUUGAUUUGGCUGGUCAGAAAUGGGAAAAGGUGGAACAUCCCGUCUAUCGAGAAGGAUAUAUUAAAUUGUGGUCAGGAGUAUUGGGAAAUCAUCUUUCUCUUUUUUGUGAGUAUAAGGGAAUGCAGAUAGAUAUUUGGGCCAUGAAUGAGUAUGGGGUUAAAGAAUUUUGGGAGAUGAUGUUUACCUUCAAUUAUCCUGAUAUGGAGUACCAUAAUUGUUUCUAUCCACCCUUUUUCAUGUCUAAUAAAGGUGAAUUUUUAAUUGUGAUUGGACCAAUUUCUAUGAUAUACAAUUGGAAGAAUGGCUCGCACAGAUUUUCAAAGGUUGUUGGCAUUAGUGGUGAUAGUCAGGAAGUGGAUUAA